AUUGCGUUGUUCACAAUAAAUGAGCAAGUAAAAUAAGCUAUAGAAAACUAUUCAUUUUUAAUAAAUUUUGAAUUUUUUUCAACUGGCAUAUUCCAGUCAGGAAAUUAAUGUGAGGCUGAAGUGCAGCAUCGUCACUGCUACAAAACUUGCCUUAUUAUUACGACGGUCAGUGGCAUUUGUGCUUUACGCAGCGACGGAGUGUCAUGGUCGGAUGUGUGAAUAAAUUAUUGCUGAUCUUGGCCUUGCUCCAUCAAUUGCGCGACGGCCAUUGUCAGCAAUUUGGCGCUGAGCUAUUGAGACGUAUUGCGCCCGCAACAUCGCCUGAUGUUCAGGAGGAAGCUGUGCGUCAGCUUAUAAGGCGUGUGGUGGGCAACACAGCCGGCAAUUGGUUUGAUGUAGAGGUCAAUAAGUUGCUCGAUACCCGCAGCUAUCAAAUUAGUCUGCAGCAAAGUGGCAAAGUGUUAAUAGUGGGAUCCGAUGGAGUCUCAAUAUGCAAGGGCUUCCAUCACUAUUUGAAGCAGGUGCUGCACAAGGAUUUGGAAUGGUUCAAGACGAGCAUCGAGCUUCCCGACAAUCUUCAGCUGCCCAAUGUGACGUUGCGUUCCGCAUCCGCGAGUCCCAUUAUUUAUUAUCAGAAUGUUUGCACUUGGAGCUAUAGUUUUGUGUGGUGGAAUCUGGAGCAGUGGCGUCGUCACAUCGAUUGGAUGGCACUGAUGGGUAUUAAUCUAUCGCUGGCUCCCAACCAGGAAGCUAUCUGGCAGGAUGUCUACACGGAACUGGGAUUAAGCGAAGCCGAAAUUGAUGCACACUUUGCGGGCCCCGCCUUUCAGACCUGGCAGCGCAUGGGAAACAUACGAGGCUGGGCGGGUCCAUUGCCGCCGGCUCACAGACGUCUCCAGCAGCGACUACAGCAGCAAAUUCUGCAGGCACAGCGUGAGCUGGGAAUGAGCGUGGCAUUGCCAGCGUUUGCGGGACAUGUGCCGCAGCCAUUGCAACGCAUCUUUCCGAAUGCCAGCUACUCGCUGGCCCAACGCUGGAAUAACUUUCCCGAUCCCUAUUGCUGUAAUCUCUUCGUAGAGCCCAAUGAUGCACUUUUCCAGCAGUUGGCCACCAUGUUUCUGCGUCGCGUGGUGCAAACCUAUGGUUCAAAUCACAUCUACUUCUGCGAUCCCUUUAACGAAAUGCAGCCACGACUCGCUGAACCGGAUUACAUGCGUGCCACGUCGCAGGCGAUCUACAACUCUAUGCGCACCGUGGAUGGCGAGGCUGUGUGGUUGCUGCAAGGCUGGAUGUUUUUGCAGGUCGACUAUUGGCGCGAUAACUUGAUUGAGGCCUUUCUCACGGCUGUGCCACGUGGACGCAUUCUUGUGCUGGAUCUCCAAAGCGAACAGUUCCCACAGUACCAGCGCACCUAUUCCUACUAUGGACAACCAUUUGUGUGGUGCAUGCUUAACAAUUUCGGAGGCACGCUGGGCAUGUUUGGCUCGGCACAGUUAAUCAACAGUGGCAUUGGAGCCGCUCGUACGAUGCCCAACAGCAGUAUGGUGGGCGUGGGCAUUACGCCUGAGGGCAUCAAUCAGAACUACGUGAUCUUUUCGCUCACACUCGAGCGGGGCUGGAGUAAAGAUGAACUGCAGCUGAUCGACUGGUUCGAUCACUUUGCGCUGACGCGUUACGGUGUGAGUGACAGUCGUUUGACGCAGUAUUGGCAGAUGUUGCGUGGAAGUGUCUACGAUUUCCAAGGACUGCAGCGCAUGCGGGGCAAGUAUGUGAUGAAUCGGCGACCUGGACUCAACCUUAAGCCGUGGAUAUGGUACAAUGCAUCGAUUAUUAACGAGGCCUGGCAGCUGCUACUUGCAGCCAAGGAUAUUGUUCCUCUGGAGGACGACAGAUAUGCAAUCUAUGAGCAUGAUCUGGUGGACAUAACACGACAGUUUCUGCAGGUCAGCGUUGAUCGCAUCUACGUUAAUCUACGGUCAGCAUACCGUAAGACGCAAAGCGAUCGCUUUCAGUAUUUGGCUGGCAAAAUGCUGCAAAUGCUCGAUGACAUGGAGCGCAUCUUGGCAAGUGGAGCUCACUUUCUGCUAGGCACCUGGCUGGAGGAUGCCAAGCAGCUGGCGCCCAGUGCGGAUCAACGAAUUGUGUAUGAGUUCAAUGCUCGUAAUCAGCUGACAAUCUGGGGUCCCAAUGGCCAGAUUCUUGACUAUGCCACUAAACAAUGGUCUGGCCUGGUGCGUGAUUAUUAUCAGCCACGAUGGUCCAUGUUCCUGGACGCCGCCACCUUGUCCCUCGAAUCCAAUGUGCCCUUUAAUGCCACCAACUUUAAGCUGCGCGUUGCCAAUGAGAUCGAACUGCCGUUCAGCAAUCUAACCAAAUUGUAUCCAACAAAACCCGUGGGCAACACUUGGCACAUAUCGCAACAGAUCUAUAUAAAGUGGAAUGCAUUUGCCAAGGAUUCGCAAUUCCUGCAUAAUAAUCGAGUUGAGCUUGGCGUCAGUGAGGGAAAAGCACGGCAUAGAAAACGGCAACCAAAGCAACAUUAAGUGAAACUUUUUAGAGUAUAAGAUUAUUAAAUUAACUCUAAAACUAUUACCACAUUUGCAGAGGCCAUAAUGUUUAAUGGGAGAGAAGACAGUUGAAAAGUUUUUUGGCGAAAUCAAAUUGUAU